GGGCUGGCCAGUGACAAGGGUGCUGGCUGUCCCAGAGGCAGUGGGGAAAUCCAGAGGGCAGGAGCAGCCGGCCCCAACAGACGCGCCCCACUCCCUGCCCGCCUGCGGACUGCUCUGCACGAGGGAUGGCCCUGAGGAGAGGAGGCCCGGCCCUGGUGGUGCUGCUAGUCUCCUGGGCAGUGCUGGGCUCCCACAGCCUGGAGGAAGUGGAGUCCGCGGCACCAGCAGACCCUGAGGGCCCCCAGUGCCCAGCCGUCUGCUCCUGCGGCCACGACGACUACACAGAUGAGCUCAGCGUCUUCUGCAGCUCUCGGAACCUCACGCGGCUGCCCAGCGGCAUCCCAGACGGCACCAGGGCCCUGUGGCUGGAUGGAAACAACUUCUCCUUCAUUCCCGCGGCCACCUUCCGGAACCUCUCCAGCCUGGGCUUCCUCAACCUGCAGGGCAGCGGGCUGGCCAGCCUGGAGCCGCAGGCGCUGCUGGGCCUGCAGAACCUGUACCACCUGCACCUGGAGCGGAACCAGCUGCGCAGCCUGGCAGCCCGCACCUUCCUGCACACGCCGGGCCUGGCCUCGCUCGGCCUCAACAACAACCUGCUCAGCCGGGUAGACGAGGACCUCUUCAGGGGCCUUGCCCACCUCUGGGACCUCAACCUGGGCUGGAACAGCCUGGCCGUGCUGCCCGACACUGCAUUCCAGGACCUGGCCAGCCUACGCGAGCUGGUGCUGGCGGGCAACAAGCUGGCCUACUUGCAGCCCGCGCUCUUCUGCGGCCUCAGUGAGCUCCGCGAGCUGGACCUGAGCAGGAAUGCCCUGCGGAGCGUCAAACCCAAUGUCUUCGUCAAGUUGCCCAAGCUCCAGAAGCUCUACCUGGACCACAACCUCAUCACCGCUGUGGCCCCAGGUGCCUUCCUGGGCAUGAAGGCGCUGCGCUGGCUGGACCUGUCACACAACCGCGUGGGUGGCCUCCUGGAGGACACCUUCCCGGGGCUGCUGGGCCUGCACGUUCUGCGCCUCUCACACAAUGCCAUCGCCGGCCUACGGCCCCGGACCUUCAAGGACCUUCACUUCCUGGAGGAGCUGCAGCUUGGCUACAACCGUAUCCGGCAGCUGCCGGAAGAGGCCUUCGAGGGCCUGGACCAGCUGGAGGUGCUGGCGCUCAACAACAACCAGCUACAGGAGCUCAAGGCAGGCGUCUUCCUGGGCCUCUACAACCUGGCCGUCAUGAACCUCUCUGGCAACUGUCUGAGGAACCUUCCAGAGCAGGCAUUCCAGGGCCUGGGCAAGCUGCACAGCCUGCACCUGGAGGGCAGCUGCCUGGGCUGCCUCGGCCCACACACCUUCACCGGCCUCUCGGGGCUGCGCCGGCUCUUCCUCAAGGACAACGGCAUUGCGGCCAUCGAUGAGCAGAGCCUGGGGGGGCUGGCCGAGCUGCUAGAGCUGGACCUCACCUCCAACCAGCUCACGCACCUGCCUGGCCAGCUCUUCCAGGGCCUCAGCCACCUGGAGUACCUCCUCCUGUCCCGCAACCGGCUGUCUGCGCUAUCGGUGGAUGCCCUGGGGCCCCUGCAGCGCAUCUUCUGGCUGGAUGUGUCGCACAACCGCCUGGAGGCGCUGCCUGAGACUGUGCUCGCGCCACUGGGGCGGCUGCGCUACCUCAGCCUCCGGAACAACUCGCUGCGGACCUUUGUGCCGCAGCCCCCCGGCCUGGAGCGCCUGUGGCUCGAGGGCAACCCCUGGGACUGCGGCUGCCCCCUCAAGGCCCUGAGGGCCUUCACCCUGCAGCACCCGGGCGUCGUGCCCCGCUUCGUCCAGGCCAUGGCAGAGGGAGAUGACGGCCACCAGCCGCCCGCAUACGCCUACAACAACAUCACCUGCGCCAGUCCCCCCAGCAUCUCGGGCCUUGACCUGCGCGACAUCGGCGAGGCCCACUUUGCCCACUGCUGACCCGAGGCUGCCCUGCGGUCUGGACGGGCCCUUGCCACCCCAGGGGACAUGGACCUGGGACCUGUGGGCCCCAGCCUGGUCCCUGAGGGCCUGACCGGGAGGGUCGGGGACACAGCCUCCCCAACUAUCAAUUAAAAGCAACCCAAUAAAUGUGGCCACGUA